GCCGCGGUGUGUAAACAGAUGAGAGCUGAGCUCCAGCUCUGUGCCGCUGCUUUCACCCUCUGCAGUUUAUUUAUAACCGGGCGCCAUGUUACAAAUGAAAAAUCGCUUAAAAUACUGUUCACUCGCAAUCGCCGCCAGUCGCCUGCUGUCCGGAGCGGUGAGGGAUCCUGUGGUUUUCCUGGACAUUGCGGCUGAUGGCGAGUUUAUUGGCAGAAUUAUAAUCGAACUCAAUGCAGAUGUGGUUCCCAAAACAGCGGAGAACUUCAGAGCUCUGUGUACAGGAGAACUAGGGUUUGGAUAUAAGGGCUCCAUUUUCCAUAGAAUCAUUCCUGAGUUCAUGUGUCAGGGUGGAGAUUUCACAAAUCACAAUGGCACUGGUGGAAAAUCAAUUUACGGAAAGAAAUUCCAAGAUGAGAAUUUCAAGUUGAAACACACUGGACCAGGUGUGCUGUCAAUGGCGAACUCUGGGCCGAACACCAACGGAUCUCAGUUUUUCAUCUGCACUGCCAAAACCGAAUGGUACACAGACACAGCCUGCUUUCACAUAGGAUCAGGCUGUCUUACUGACACUAUAGUGCUUGAUGGCAAACAUGUUGUGUUUGGUCAAGUGAAAGAGGGCAUGGAGACUGUCAGGGUAAUGGAGUCGUAUGGUUUGCAUGAUGGAGGAACACUUAAGAAGAUUGUCAUCACAGACUGUGGGGAACUUAAAUAAUACACGACUUUACACUGUACAGACCUGACAACUGACUGUUCUCAUGUCAGUGAUUAAUCUCCAGUCAAAUGGGAAAGGUAAAUUUCAUAGCCAAUACUGCAUUUGGAUGUAAUUAUUUAUGAUGAAAGGGAUGUAAUGCUUUUAUAUCUUUUGGAUUCAAAUAAAUAUGACCCACAUUUAUGUGGGGGGAAAUUUGUUA